AUGAUAUAUUGCACAAUUAAUGAUUUUCCUGCAUAUGGGAAUUUAUCCGAUCACGUCACAAAGGGUUAUAAAGCAUGCCCUAUUUGUGAAAAUGAUACAAAAGCAAUUCACUUAGAGAAAUGUAAUAAGAAGGUAUACAUGAGCACUAGGGUGUUUUUGCCUCUUAGUCAUCCCUAUCGCAGACUUCGAAAGGCAUUUGAUGGAAAACUUGAGCAUAGACCUGCCCAUAUUCCUCUAACAGGGAAGCAAGUAUAUGAACAGGUUAAAGACAUCAAUUGUGUAUUUGGAAAACCAUACAAAGCUACGACUGGCCAAGCUUGUUACAAAAAGAUGUCUAUAUUUUGGAACCUUCCAUACUGGGAACAUUUGGAUAACGUAUUUGAUAGUCUUAUUGGCACGCUUCUAAACAUACCAGGUAAAACAAAGGAUGGAAAAAAUGCAAGGGAUGACAUGGUUAAAUUGGGAAUUCGACCGGAGUUGGAAGCCGUAAAGAAGGGAAAACGCGAUUAUUUACCUCCAGCUUGUUACACUUUAUCUAAAAAGGAGAAAAGGGUCUUAUGUCGGUCCUUACAUGGCGUGAAGGUUCCUCACGGGUAUUCCUCCAAUAUCCAGAGGCUUGUUUCGAUGAAAGACUUGAAAUUAAUAGGCUUGAAAUCUCAUGACUGUCACACUUUAAUGCAAGAGAUUUUGCCGAUUGCAAUCAGGGUAAUUGAUCCUGGGAAGUUGUAUUCAUUGCAAGCACAGGUAGUUUUCACUUUAUGUGAACUUGAGAUGUAUUUUUCGCCUUCUUUUUUCGACAUUAUGGUGCAUCUAGUAGUUCAUUUAGUGAGAGAAGUCAAAUUAUGUUGUCCAGUUUACCUUAGGUACAUGUAUCCAUUUGAGCGCAAUAUGGGUGAUCUAAAAGGCUAUGUGAGGAAUCGAUCCCGACCUGAAGGUAGCAUAAUUGAGGGUUACUUGAGUGAUGAGGUCCUCGGAUAUUGUACCGAGCAUUUGGCAGAGCUUGAAAUGGUUGGGCUCCCUACGCCUCGCCAUGAUGAAGAUAGAAGAAAAGGAAAGGGCACAAUUGGGUGUCGAGUCAUCACCCUUAGCCCUGAAAAACUAGAUCAAGCGUACUUAUACAUAUUACAACAAUGUGCGGAGGUGCAUCCUUAUUUGGAAGAUCAUAUGGAGACUAUCAGAUUGGAAAAUCCUGGAAAAGGUGAAAAGGUUAUAAGAGAUGAACACAACCACACAUUCAUUAAGUGGUUUCAAAAGAAGGUGACUGACCAGUUACGACAUGCACCACAUGAUGUCACUGAUGUCAUUAAUAUGUUAGCAUUCGGCCCAAACGCUAACGUUAUAUCCUAUGAGGGCUAUGAUAUAAAUGGGUAUUGCUUCUACACCGAGAGAAAGGAUAAUACUAGUACCAUGCAGAACAGCGGUGUUUCUUUAGAAGCGUCCGGUCUGCAUUUUGCGAGUGCCAAGGACAAUAGACCACAACAUGCGAAGAUGUCAUACUAUGGAGUAAUUGAAGACAUAUUCGAACUUGAUUUCAGUGAGUUUAGAGUUCCUGUGUUUCAUUGCAAGUGGAUGGAAAUAAGCAAAGGGGUUAAAAUGGAUGAUUUAGGAUAUACAUCAGUAAAUUUUGGUAAAUUGGGUCACCAUGAUGAGCCAUUCAUAAUGGCAUCACAGGCAACACAAGUAUUUUACAUGAGCGAUCCAUCUGAAAAAUCAUGGUCGGUAGUUAUUCAAGGAAAGAGACAUGGUAUUGCGGUUUCUGACCUUGUGCCUGACGAAACAGAAUUUAAUGAAGUUGAUGAGAUUCCUACUUUUGCAAUGUAUCAAAAUACACCAGUUAGUGUAGACGACUUAACUGAACAUUAUUUGCGUGAUGAUCAUAAUGAAGGCGAAUGGGAUACACCGAAAUGA